CCGAAGCGCUGCUGCAGCUACAGGAAAAAAAAAUCCUCGCCACAACCGAGGCAGCAAACGCCGCAGCACCCGCGCCGGCACAACCUUUGGGGGUGACCCCCGCGCCGAAGGUUGUCGAGAGAAUCCGCUCCCCGCCCGUCGUGGGGGAGGCACAAAGAACCGUAACCACCACCUGCCCGCCGGGCCCGCUGACCGUCACUGCGGGCACAGGCCUCGCGCGCGACGAGCAAGUGAUCAAUUUUCGGUACGGUCAAACCGCGAGUUGGGAGGAACCGGACGAGCGAAAGUUGACCUACGGACUGAGCGUUUCCCGCAUGAACUUCAACCUGCCUAGCGAAAUGUGGAAUCUGGAGCGUCCAAUGAACGACUGGCGGUUGACGCCCGCUGGACAACUGGAAACGCGCAAACAGUACAACCAGGUUUGCGGGUAUGGAGGAAAAAACUGCUGCUUCACUGUAACAAGCUGCUUGUGAUGCAUACUAGGAGUAGAAUCAUGGGACGACACAGUCACAGACGCAUUGGUCUUGCUACACAUGCGAGACACCGGGUGGUUUUGAAACGUGUUUUCCCUUACUAGGAACAACGCAUAGCAAGUUUUCUUUCUGAUGCGUAACGAACUUGCAAAACUUGCUCUUGCAAAAUCCUAUAACAUAGAUACACCAGUGAAACACUUUUUUCUCCCGAUAGCGGUAGCGCGCCUCCGGACUUUCAUACGAAGGAAACGGAGGACCUAGUUGGCGACGCGUACGAGCUAUCAAAUGCAAAUAUGUCUGGGUCUGGAAGGUGGCAACUUGUGAUGCUAACUCUGGAGUCUAAAAAAGUCUGUAUUGCAUGACCAGCAACGGGAGUCUAGUUCCUGCUACGCGGGGAGGGCAUUUGUCAUGCGGAGCAGGCAUCAAGAAGCCCUCGAAAAAUCUGUGAUGCUAGGUCGUGCAUUACAGACAUCCUGGGUCAUACACAGUAUGCAUGACAAACCCGGCAACAUUCCAGACCCAGACACAUUUGCACUUGAUACGAGCGGCGGCUGCGCGGGGAAAGCGGCAGG